AUGAGUGCAGAUCCAAUAGUGCUACCGAUUGCCACCAUCCAGCCCGACUUCACUGCUGUUGUCUCCGACGUUCGAGAAGGCGUGGUAUCUGAAGACUCCUUCUGGCUGUCGUGCUACAAGACUGGCGAAUCAUCUGUCCAUGGAAAAGUGUAUGUCGCUCUAGAUGAGACAGAUCGCAGCCUCGUUCGCCUGCAAGGCGGGGGUGGUGUUCAGAUCGAUUUUGAUGGCGAUGCUACCUACGCAGCGGCGUGCCCCUCAUUACAUGCCCAUCCGACUCGUCUGGUCGUGCCAACGGACGUCUAUACCGACUCUUCGAUUCUGGAUCCACGUAAGUCUCACAAAAUCACCGCGUUCGAUGUUGCGCCGGACGGGACACAAUUUGCGACUGGCUACUAUGAUGGUUCUGUUUGUUUGCACUCCAUAUCCAUUAAGACAGCGCAGCCGGCGAUCUGCAAGCCUCAUCUCAGCACCAUCACCUCCCUCCAAUUCUUCCCUUCAUCCCGUGUCCUCCUGACGGCGGGUACCGACUUCUCACUUUCAAUACUGCCUGCCGAUCCGCCCUAUGCUUCUAGUGACUCCCCUGGUGCGUCUCUUGCCCCAGUGCGCAUUUUGCGCGGACACACGCGUGGGGUCACUUCUACCGCAAUAAUUUCUCGCGGACGGAAUAUCCUCUCGGGUUCAAAGGACGGCACCUUGAGGUUAUGGGAUGUAGCAGCGGGAAACGAGAUCCGCCUACACGCAGCAGGGGGCGCAGCCUACAUUCCUAUUCUCUCACUCGAUAUUGGAGAGCGAACACCCAACUGUCAUUUCGACGAUAUUGCGGACAUGCCCUCUCUUACAGACGCCGUCGAGGUCGAUACCGCGGAUAAAGUCGUCUUCUGUGGGCUUCUGAAUGGAUCUUUUGAAGUCUAUGAUCUACGUGUGAAGCAGUCGGCCUUUAGAUCUACUCCCGACCCGAGCGCACGAUUCCCACUGCAGUCCAUCUCAUAUGCACCUUCCCAUGAUUUGCUCGCGACUGGUGCUUCAAAUGGUCUUAUCUCUGUGUACGAUACACGUUCCUUUUCCUCACCCCUGACGACCUUCAAACGGAAUGGUGCUUCAAUAGAGGACCUGAGGCUUGUUACACUCUGGUCGUCGUCCUUUGCGCUACCACGGUCGUCUGAUUGUGCGGGGAUGGACGUAGAUGGCGACCGGGAAGAAGUUGGCCUGGCGAUCGCCACCGAAGAUGGGCUACCAUAUGUCGCACAUGUACGCCCAAGUGGGCCGAGCGUACGUGGGGAGCUGGUUGGCACCGAUUGUGACCCUGUGCGCUUCGUGCGGGUGCUUCAAGAGAAGGAAAUUUGGACGGCGGCGGACGAUGGGGCUGUCAGGCGAUAUCAGAUGCGGUGA